AUGGGCUGCUGCUCCUCCUUACCGUCACCAGAUGACGACCAAGACCCACCCUACACUUCAACCCAUACAACCACCACAAGCCGCAAUGGCACAACCACAACAGCGACCGCAUUAAGAAAUCGCCACCGACGAAGCCGACGCGCCUCCAAUCUACCCCUAAAUGAGCACUACAACGAACCAGUGCGCCAGCAUGUCUGGCGCAGCAAACGCCGAACCUGGACACGCGCCCAACUAGACCAGGAGCGCACCGAAUUUUUCGAGACACGCGUAACAGGCCGCGCAGAAGUCUGGGCAGCAAUCGCGAGCGCAAUAUCGCUCAUGCGAACGGGCGAUCUAGCUACUGCGCAGAGCAUCGUCGAUGCAGCAGGCAUUACGGUCCCCACCGGUGAUCUAUGCGAAGGGUGCUAUGACCAGCAGGGAGUACUCUAUCGGCUUCCGCAGUGUAUUGUCAGUGAUCCUGAGAAUAUGGCGGUGAUGACGGAUACGGAUGGAACUGUUUCAGAGCAGGACCUCGGGGAUGCUGGGCAUGCUACGGAUGAUAGUGAUGACGAUGAAGAGGAGCUUGAUGAUGACAGAAUCCAGGAUGGGAAGCUCUCUACAGAUGAUGCUUCUGGGGAUGAGCUUAUUGAGCGUGAAGUUGAGCGACGGAGAGAUGAGAAGGGGAAGACAAGUGAGCGUGAUUUGAUCCGUGUGCUUGCUCGAUUGAGUGAUCGCAGUGGGCCUGAUCUGGUGCUUUCUGUUGGGAAGGGGCAGACUGUUGGCUUUUUGGCGAGGAGGGUGCAUCAGGAGGCGGAGCUUGCGGACAAUGCGCGUGUUCGCAUUGCUUAUCUUGGUCAUUUGCUCAAGGAGAAACAGUCAUUACUUGACCAAGGGUGGAAGAGUGGCCAUGUUGUCAAUGCUCUCGUCAUUUCACCUUCUAAUGAGUCUGGGCAGCCGUGA